AUGGAGGGUGUCCCUCACUCACAAUUGGCACCUUUGCCAGCCAAAGUACCUUUUCGAAUUGUGUCUCCCACAAUCGGCUCGGGUGCAUAUGCAUGCAUCAAGAAAGCGGCACCCCUAGAAGCCGAAACCCCGGUCUUCGCGGUCAAGUUCAUCAAUAAACUCUAUGCUCAAAAAUAUGGCCGAAUCAAGCAAAAGCAACUGGAGAUGGAGAUCUCUCUACACAAACACAUUGGGCUACACAAAAAUAUCAUAGAGUACUUUGCUCAUGGCGAUGACCCCUCUUGGGUAUGGAUAGCCAUGGAACUGGCUGAAGGUGGUGAUUUAUUCGACAAGAUUGAAGCCGACGCGGGAGUGUCAGAGGAUAUUGCACAUGUCUACUUCACGCAACUCGUCAGUGCCGUCAGCUUCAUGCACUCCAAAGGAGUGGCACAUCGCGAUAUCAAACCGGAAAAUGUGCUCCUUUCUGCGGACGGAGAUCUCAAGGUCGCAGAUUUUGGUAUGGCAACCCUGUUCGAGUACCACGGGAGGAGGAAAAUGGCGACGACUCUCUGUGGGAGUCCGCCGUAUGUCGCGCCCGAAGUCCUGUCGUGUAGCACACAGGCCGGAUCGAAAGGACGUGGUUAUGCGGCAGACAUGGCCGACGUCUGGUCUUGCGGAGUCGUCUUGUUUGUCUUGCUGGCUGGAAACACCCCCUGGAGCAAACCUGUGGAGGGUCGGGAUGAAUAUGGGAGAUUGAAUGAAUUCAGUGAAUAUGUCGAGAGUCAUGGGAGACCACGCGAUGAGCUAUGGGACGCUCUUCCCGCUGAGGUACUGUCGCUUCUUCGUGGCAUGAUGCGAGUGGAUGUUCGAUCCCGGUUCUCCAUGGAGGAUGUGCGACGACAUCCUUGGUUUACCAAACCGAACAAAUUCCUAGACCAGAAGGGUCGACUGAGUGACCCCAUUACCUUGGCCACCAACAUGUUCGAAGCUCUCCAUGUCAGUUUUGAUGCGGAUCCAUUUGCUGGCACGCGGAAAAACAAGACCCCAGAUGAAAUGGACAUUGAUGUCCCAAUUACCUCCAAAUUAUCGUCGACUCAGCCAGACAUGCCCAUCGAAGACAUGCUCUUUGACUGGGAGCGACCGAGACAUCUCGUCGUGUCCCACACCCAACUCCCGAGUCUUGCAGGCAUGUCGGCCACACAAUCCAUAUCGACGUCCAAUUUCCUCGCUGACGAGCCUUCCAUGUCACAAUUUUCAGCAAUGCCGAGUGUUCCUCUGACCAGAACACAGGCGGCUCGGAGGUUUCAGGACAUCUUACCAUCUCAAAGCUUGACCAAGUUCUACUCUACCUGGACCCUGAACCUGCUGGUCCCUCAUAUCUUAGAGGCCCUCAGUCGAUUGGGAGUGCCCACUCCAGCCAUCCCUCUCCCGACGGCGCAAGCCUCGGAAUUUGUGGUCAAAAUGAGAACUCACGAUAGUCGAGGAUGCCCAUUGAGCGGGAAUAUUGCCAUGGAAAUAGUCAGUGACGGAAUGGCUGAGGUGUGUUUUGUCAAGGCCUCUGGAGAUCCGCUUGAGUGGCGUAGGUUUUUCAAACGAACGGCUGUUCUGUGUAAGGAUGCAGUGUGCAAGCCAGAGGAAUGA